AUGCCCAAACCCGAGACUUCGACAGCUAACGUCGCUAUCCUUACACCAGAGGGCGGCAAUGCGGCGAAGAACAAACGCCGUUCCUCCAUCGAAGAGGUUCUGCCGCCAUCCAAGAAACAGCAUAAAGAUUCUGCAACAACUACAUCCCCCACAGAUGGUCCCCAACUGAACGGACAACAAGAAAUGAUCAGGAAGUUGGUCGUAGAAGGCGGCAAGAGUGUGUUCUUCACUGGAAGUGCUGGCACGGGGAAAUCAGUCGUACUCCGCAAAAUUAUCGCUGAUCUAAAGGAGAAAUUCAAGAAAGAACCCAACUCAACAAUGGCCGCAGUAGCGGUAACAGCACCAACGGGGAUUGCCGCGUGUAACAUCGGUGGCGUGACAAUCCACUCCUGGGCAGGGGUCGGAACGGCAAAGGAAGACAUCACGACAACAGUGAAUAAAAUCAAGAAAAAUAAACGACACCUGGCGAACUGGCUGCGGGCCAAAGUGCUUGUCAUCGAUGAAGUGUCGAUGGUAGACGCUUACCUGAUGGACAUGCUGGCUAAGAUCGCAAGGGAGCUGACGAACCGACCGAACGACAGCUUCGGUGGCAUACAGCUAGUCGUCAGCGGGGACUUUCUCCAACUCCCACCGGUGACGAAAAAAACCGUUAAAUAUGCAUUCGAAUCGCAGAUGUGGGACCAGACGAUAGAACAAGCCUUUAUCUUAACGGAGGUUUUUCGUCAGAAAGACCCGGAGUUUCUGCGUGUACUAGAAGAAAUCCGCGUAGGGGUCGCAUCGCAAGCCACGAUCGACAAGCUCCAAUCUCUGUCGCGACCGCUAGACACAAAACACGGAAUUAAGCCCAUCGAACUAUAUCCCAUGCGUAAAGAUGUAGAGGCCCGGAACAACUGGCUCAUCGCGGAACUGAAGGGAGGCGAAACGAUGAGCUUCGCGGCUCAGGACUCCAUACACAUCGCGGACAAGGAGGCAGGCGAAAAGAUGCUAGAACAGAUUGUGGCACUCAAAAGCCUAGAACUGCGAUCCGGCGCUCAAGUGAUGCUGAUCAAAAACGUUGACAAAAAUAUGGUCAACGGCACAAUGGGCAUCGUCACCGGCUUCGUGACGCCUUCGGAUGCCAGCAAAGAAGAGUUACAAACCCUGCCACCAUCUGCGACGACCGCGAAAAGCAGGACCUCGGGACGGAAGGAUGGCACGGCGCCGGAUACGAGCGGCGGCACGAAUCAACGCCAGGAUAAAUUCCCUCUAGUGCCGGAAACCUUCAGCAUGGAGGACCCAGAGGGAAAAGUGCUCGUGGAGCGAUUACAGAUCCCCGUGAUUCCGGCAUACGCUCUGAGUAUCCACAAAGCACAAGGCCAAACACUCGAGCAUGUCAAAAUCGACCUGAGCGGGGCCUUUGCGUGUGGUAGUGUCGCUGGAAGGAACAUAGGCCAAGCGUCUGACUGCCGACAGGUCAAACAUAUGUAG